ACUCCAAGAAUUGUAUUAUUUCCCAGCUUGGUGGAGAAGCAAAAAAUGCACAGCUUUCCUUUAACAGACAACAAGAAGAGAAUCUGCAGCUUCGGUCAAAAAUAACUGUCCUGCAAGAAACAGCAGAUAAAGUACAGAUCCUUAAUGACCACUUAAGCCAGCAAUGCUCAGACCUCAGCACCUCGCUUCAAAGUGUUGCCAUGGAGAAUGUUAAACUCAUUUCAGAUCAUCAGGCCAUCCUUAAGUCAGAGCAAGAAAAGAUGACUCAACAGCUGCAGGAGCAAGACUCACUCCUGGACGCUGCCUGUGCUGACAUUCUGGGAGAGCUGCAGAGCGUGCACCACGAGAGGGCUCAGCUUCAGAAAGAGCUGGAAGCCUUGCAUACCAAGCAUGGAAAAUGCAAACAGAAAAUAAAAGCAACAGCAAAUGAAAUAACACAGGAAAGGAACAAACUGGAAGUAGAAAAAACAGAGAACAAGCUAGAAAUGGCUUCAAUGAAAUCCUCUCUGCAGACACUAGCAGAAGAAAAUAAAAGGCUAUUGAAUCGUUUGGCUGCAUUGGAACACCAGCAACAUGCCCAGCAGAAGGUGCAACAGGUCCUAGAGGAGCUGACUAACAGCAAGAAUAAACUGGCCUAUGACAAAGGAAAACUUGAGCCUGCUGCAUCCAUCUUUGCUUUACAACUGAAGUGCAGCAGCUGCAGGAAGAACUGCAGUCUCUUGCAGAUGCACGUUCAGAUAGAGGCUAAUUUCACAAAUGCACAAUGCAGCCCUAGAGACCAAGUAUACUCAGAGGCUGAUCCCUUAGAUAAUCAAAGGAAACUGGGUAUUGCCUUGGCAGUUAGCGUUCAUGACCAGCGAGCUGUCGGAUUUGGGAACAAAUGUGCGGCAGGGGAGCGAGCUAGAGCGGAUCGGGCAGCGGGAGCGCAGAACCGCCGGCACCGCGGAGCUGUGACGCUGCCUGACAUCACAGCCAGCCUGAGGAUUCUGUUAGAUGCUAUUAAGAACAUGGAAGAAAGGCUGGAGACCAAAAUAGACCUUCUAACACCAAGAAUAUUGAAAACUGUGUCGUCUGCUGGGCUUAGCAAAGGAGACUUCAAUGUGGUGGCUAACUUGCAGCGCCAGCUGGAGGCAGCAAAGAAUGAGAACAGCAAGGUGACAACCAUGCUGGAGCACGUGUUAGCAUCUCACAGCAAGAUGCAGGCAGCUCUGGAGGCAGGACAGACAGAACUGGAACACAAGGAUACGGAAAUCUGCAGUCUCCGAAAAGAGAGGAGUCAGAGUCAACAGAAAAUGCAGAGAUUAGAAACAGAACUGGAACGUUGCCAAGCCAGAGUGGCUGCCAUGGGAAGCGAGCACAGCAGUCAGGUGGAACCACUUUGUAAAGCACUGGAAGUUACUAGAGCAGACAACAAGAAACUUGCUCUUCGUCUGGAACAAGCUGUGCAGGCCAAUAAUACCCUGCAGAACAAGCUGAUCCAGGCUCAGUAUGACCUGAAAAGCAAAGAAGCUGAGCAUCAACAGCUGAUAGUCUGCAGGAAACAGCUAGUGGAAGAAGCUCAGACUAAGGAAAAGGCAUAUGCUGAACACUUGGAGUCUUUGAAGAAGCAGUUUCACAUUGAGCAAGAGGCUUCUAGAAAAGCUGCCCAUCGAGAAUCUGCUGAGCUCAAGAAGGCCCUGGAAGAAGCAUCCUCCAAACUGGGCGAAGUUUCACGUGCUAACAGGGAGCUACGGCAGAAAGUGUCAGAGCUGGAAAAAUCUGUGGCUAGCUACAAAGAAAAGCUUAAAGGCCAGAGAAUUCAAGUCAGACAUUGCCUGGCCUCCAAAGCUAGCAAUGUUCAGAAUGCAGAGAGGAUAAAGGAGAUUGAAUCUGAAUUGAGGGAAAUGGAAGCAAUAAAAGAGCAGUACCAGAAAAAGAACUGUGAACAGUCACAGAACAUCCAAAAAUUUGUGACAGAGUUGACAAGUUUGCAGACUGAGAUGCAAGAGUUAUUGAAAAACCAACAUGAAGUGCAAACACGGAACAGGCAGCUAGAGACCCAUCUGGAAGCAGAGAGAAGUCGAGGGCAGCAACUGGAAAAACAGUGUCAGAGAUUGGAAGAAACAGUCAAACAUCUCAAGAAAAGUAAAGAAGAAACAGAACAGAAACUGAAGGAAGCCAGCAUAGAAUCGGAACUGUCCAAGUACUUGGAUCAGUUGUUUGAAAGGGACUUGAACAGCAAGAGUAAUAUAUGUGUGCGCCUACAACACAUGUCGAAGUUAGUGCCCUUCCCACAUCUUUCUAAGGCGUUUGGGCAACUUCGCAAUGGGCCUCGGCAGGCGCUGUCAAAGCAGAUCUCCGAGGGGUUUGCAGAGGGCCCAGGUGGAUUGCUGAAGACAGAGUCAUAUGUGUGUGGCUGGAUGCUGACGUGA